AUGAACACUUACGAGUUUGAUUACAAUACAUUUCUUGAUGGUUUAGAAAGCAUUGAUACACUUUCUAGUAACACAACAUCACCAGAAAAUGAAUCGGAUAGUGGAAUAGCCAGCACACCUUCGAUGUCUAUGGGAUUAGACAGUACCGUAAUUGAUUUGGAUAGUCUUGACAUUUUCCCAUUGAAUAUGGAAAGUCCAUUAUCAAAUGAUCCCAAUGAUGAAUUUAAUCAUUUUUCAGAUCUAUUUAAUGGAAAAAAUCCUUUCAUACCUGGUGACAAUUCAACUUUUGAAAAUCUAUUUUCCGAUAUUGAUUUUUCAGUACAACCAGAUCAAGAAGCAUUACAACAAAUAUCAUCACCUCCGUCAGAAAUCCCUUCAAUAACAAAUUGUAUUAAAGUUCAAACUUACACAAAUACACAAUAUAAUGAAGUUCAAUCUAUUAAACUUGAACCGAUAAAUGUUAAUUCAAAUAUAAGAAUAAUUAAAACAUCAAAACCAAUAACACUAACUAAUGUACCGGUGAUAAAAAUGCCAUUAGUAACUGAACAACCUAAUUCAAUAACAAUAGUACCAAGUAAACGACGUCGUUCGGAUAGUCCAACACAUUAUCAACAAACAACCGGAAAAUCAACACUUACACUUGAUCAACUUAAACUUCAAUAUAAAAAUAUGAGCGAAGAAUCAUUGAAAAAACAUCUUCGAAUGAUAAAGAAUCGUGAAUCAGCAUCACUAUCACGCCAACGACGAAAAGAAUUAAUGGAAAGUCUCGAUGUUAAAGUUAAUCGGUUAACAGAUGAAAAUGAACACUUAAAAAGAGAAAAUUCGAAAUUAUUAACUCGCAUUCAGACGUUAGAAAUGGAGAAUAAGCUUUUAAGAAAAUACAAACCUGGCAAUAAUCCAACAAUGCAACCACAAAAACCUCUUAUUGUUAUGGGUAUUUUUCUAUUGGUUGCUUUUAAUAUAUUUACACUCAAAUCACUUGCACCAAAUGUAAAUAAUCCAUCAGGUUCAAUGGCUUUAUAUAACAAUGAAGGAGCAAUUAUUCCAGGUCGAACAAUACUUAGCGAUCGUCGUACUAAUAAUGAAAAUUCAUAUCUAACUAAUAGUGAAGAUGAUUAUAGAUCCGAUAAAAAUUAUAACAAUAAUCCUUCAAGUAUACCUUCUUACCCGUAUAUACAAUGUGUAGCUUACAUUAAUAAAACACAUUCACAAAGAAUUAACCGAGAUCUUCAUUCGUUGGUUCAAGAUCAUAAUGAAAAAGAAUCGGUGAUUCUUCCCGAUUCUAAAUCUCUCAGUUUAUCAUCAAAUUCAAUUGUACCAACAAAACCUGACUCGUCUAUUGGAUCUCUACAACAUGUAUCAAGAAAAGUUGCACGACAAACAAAAUCAGAAAUUAAAGGUCAAAUUCAACCAUACGAAACUCACGAAGCUGAUCUAAAUGAUUUUAUUCAUACAAUUGAUCGAAAAAAUGAUACACUUUAUUUUGUGUCAUUUAAACGGGAUCAUCUUAUUCUUCCGUCGACAGUUCAAAAUCAAACUCAACGACCAAAAAUGUCUCUCAUUAUACCAGCAUCGAUUACAAACUUGAAUAAAACAAUUCGAAUUCCGGCGAAUCAUUUUCCAAUGAUAAAAAUCGAUUGUGAAGUUGAAGAUACAAAACUUGUUUUCAUUAAACGCAAUCAUAUACCGCAAUCAUUUCAAAAUCAUUUAUUUCAGUACUAUUCAUCUGCAUCUCAAACUUCGAUGUGA